AUGAGGGGUCACUCCCCUCAUCACAGAUUCAAGGGGACUUUUGUCCGUCUUCCCUCCCCUUCCAUCCCUCGGAGGAUCCCCUCUGCUCUAAGGACUAGCUCGAAGAGACGGGACCAAUCCCCUAAAACCCAGCCUCCCAUCACCGCCAAAUCGGAUUUCGGUCUGUUUGUUUGGAACAUCUUGUUUGACACCACCAGCAAAGAUCUAUGGGGUAUUUUCAACAGGUAUGGCCGUCUCCUAGAUGUGUACAUUCCAACAAGGCCUGGCAUUAUGAAACCUUGGGGAUAUGGUUUUGUGAGAUUUGCUUAUGAGCAAGACGCCAUAAAUGUGAUUGCCAUCCUUAAUGAUAGAUGGGUAGAUGGCAGAAUCAUUAAUGUGAGCUGGGUGAAACACAAAAACAAGGAGGUAGGCUAUGCUAAUCUGAGUCCCAAUCCAGCUGGGGUUCAGCUGGCUCGAGAGUCCUCUCAUUUUGUCCUCGCCUCUAAGAGGGGAAACCUCUUGUAUUUGGCAGCAGCAGCCUCGGACCGGAGCAGGAAGGUUCACAGAGUCAUCAGUCCUAAUCUCCAUUCGUCAGUGGUGGAUCCUAGGGCGGUGAAGCAUAAACUCUAG